GCCGCCGCCGCCGCCGCCGCCGCCGCGGGCUCAGUAGGGGCCAAGGGUCGGAGCGCCUCGGCACUCGCGAGCAGCAGGUGUAUGUCCUCUUCCUCCUCCUGGAGAAAAAUGCCUGUCCGGAAGCAAGAUACCCAGAGAGCAUUGCUCCUCUUGGAGGAAUAUCGUUCGAAGCUAAGCCAAACUGAAGACAGACAACUCAGAAGUUCCAUAGAACGGGUUAUUAACAUAUUUCAGAGCAACCUCUUUCAGGCUUUAAUAGAUAUUCAAGAAUUUUAUGAAGUGACCUUACUGGAUAAUCCAAAAUGUGUAGAUCGUGCGAAGCAGUCUGACCCAGUGCAGCCUGUGAACACCUGGGAGAUCGCGAGCCUUCCCAGCACUACUGUGACUUCCCAAGCACUGCCAAGCAGCCUUAGUCCCAGCACAGAGAAAUACCGGUAUCAGGAUGAAGACGUACCUCCUCAAGAACACAUUUCCCCACAAAUCACGAAUGAAGUGAUAGGUCCAGAAUUGGUGCAUGUCUCUGAGAAGAACCUAUCAGAAAUUGAAAAUGUCCAUGGCUAUGUUUCUCAUUCUCAUAUUUCACCAAUAAAGCCGACAGAAGCUGUUCCUCCCUCUCCUCCCACUGCCCCCGUGACCCCCGCCCCGCCAGUCCCUGCCAAGAGCACUGUCAUCCUGCCCACCGUGCCACAGGCAAAUCCUCCUCCUGUACUGGUCAACACAGAUAGUGUAGAAACUCCAACUUAUGUUAAUGGCACGGAUGCAGAUUAUGAAUAUGAAGAAAUCACACUUGAAAGGGGAAAUUCAGGGCUUGGUUUCAGCAUUGCUGGAGGUAUGGACAACCCACACAUUGGAGAUGACACAAAUAUAUUCAUUACCAAAAUUAUUGCAGGAGGAGCAGCUGCCCAAGAUGGAAGACUGCGGGUAAAUGACUGUAUAUUGCGAGUAAAUGAAGUAGAUGUCCGUGAUGUGACACAUAGCAAAGCAGUUGAGGCACUGAAAGAAGCAGGAUCCAUCGUCCGUUUAUAUGUGAAAAGGCGGAAACCAGUAUCAGAAAAAAUAAUGGAAAUAAAGCUUGUGAAGGGUCCUAAAGGUCUUGGGUUCAGCAUUGCUGGAGGUGUUGGAAAUCAACAUAUUCCUGGGGAUAAUAGCAUCUAUGUCACCAAAAUAAUUGAAGGAGGUGCAGCGCAUAAAGAUGGUAAACUUCAGAUUGGAGAUAAACUUUUAGCUGUGAAUAGUGUGUGUUUAGAAGAAGUUACUCAUGAAGAAGCAGUAACUGCCUUAAAGAACACAUCUGAUUUUGUUUAUUUAAAAGUGGCAAAACCUACAAGUAUGUAUAUGAAUGAUGGCUACGCACCACCCGAUAUCACCAACUCUGCUACUCAGCACGUUGAUAACCAUGUUAGCCCGUCUUCCUACUUGGGCCAGACACCAGCGUCACCCACCAGGUACUCGCCUGUUUCCAAAGCAAUGCUUGGCGAUGAUGAAAUUACAAGGGAACCUAGAAAAGUUGUUCUCCAUCGUGGCUCAACAGGCCUAGGUUUCAACAUUGUAGGAGGCGAAGAUGGAGAAGGAAUAUUUAUUUCCUUUAUCUUGGCUGGAGGACCUGCUGAUCUUAGUGGUGAACUCAGAAAAGGAGAUCGGAUUAUAUCGGUAAACAGUGUUGACCUCAGAACUGCCAGCCAUGAGCAGGCAGCAGCCGCUCUGAAAAAUGCAGGCCAGGCUGUCACAAUUGUUGCGCAGUAUCGACCUGAAGAAUACAGUCGUUUUGAAGCCAAAAUACAUGAUCUACGGGAGCAGAUGAUGAAUAGUAGCAUUAGUUCAGGAUCAGGAUCUCUUCGAACUAACCAGAAGCGAUCCCUCUAUGUCAGAGCCCUUUUUGAUUAUGACAAGACUAAAGACAGUGGUCUUCCCAGUCAAGGAUUGAACUUCAAAUUUGGAGAUAUCCUUCAUGUUAUUAAUGCUUCUGAUGAUGAGUGGUGGCAAGCCAGGCAGGUUACACCAGAUGGCGAGAGUGAUGAAGUUGGGGUAAUUCCCAGUAAACGCAGAGUUGAAAAGAAAGAACGAGCACGAUUAAAAACAGUGAAGUUCAAUUCUAAGACAAGAGAUAAAGGGGAGAUCCCUGACGACAUGGGAUCAAAAGGCCUGAAACAUGUAACUUCUAAUGCCAGCGAUAGUGAAAGUAGUUACCGUGGUCAAGAAGAGUAUGCCUUAUCUUAUGAACCAGUCAAUCAACAAGAAGUUAAUUAUACUCGACCAGUGAUCAUAUUGGGACCUACAAAAGACAGGAUAAAUGAUGACUUGAUCUCAGAAUUUCCUGACAAAUUCGGAUCAUGUGUUCCUCAUACAACUAGACCAAAACGAGAUUAUGAAGUAGAUGGAAGAGAUUAUCAUUUUGUAACUUCAAGAGAACAGAUGGAAAAAGAUAUCCAGGAACAUAAAUUCAUUGAAGCUGGCCAGUAUAACAACCAUCUGUAUGGAACAAGUGUUCAGUCUGUGCGAGAAGUCGCAGAAAAGGGCAAGCACUGUAUCCUCGAUGUGUCAGGAAAUGCCAUAAAGAGACUACAGAUUGCACAACUUUACCCAAUCUCCAUUUUUAUUAAGCCCAAAUCCAUGGAAAAUAUCAUAGAAAUGAAUAAGCGUCUAACAGAAGAACAUGCCAGGAAGACGUUUGAAAGAGCCAUGAAACUGGAACAAGAGUUUACUGAACAUUUCACAGCCAUUGUGCAGGGAGACACUCUGGAGGACAUUUACAACCAAGUGAAGCAGAUCAUAGACGAACAGUCCGGGCCGUACAUCUGGGUUCCAGCAAAAGAAAAGUUAUGAGGACUCCUGUUGCUCUGUUGCUCUUUUCCAGACUUCUUUUUUUUCCUUUUUGGACACUCUUCGCCCCUGCCUCCUCGAGCUUGUCUUCAGCACUCCCUCCUGUAGACUCACCUCCCUGUCACCUCGGUCCGUAGCUGCGCUUAGACUUGACGUCUAGUGUCCUUUCAGUCGCAGCAUCUGCAUUAGUUUCUGUCACUUGGGUUUGUGGCCAUCUUUCAGAAUAGAAGAUGGAAUGGCCUGACCAGCUAUUAAGAAUUUUGGGGAAAUGGGGAAAUUAUGGUAAAAUUCCUUAAUGUUUAAGGGAAAGUAACUCUAAGAUGUUUUCAGAAAAGCUUUAUAUACAUUCUUUUGAAUUUUCAAUAUAAAUGAAAGAAAAGUGGUUUUAAUUAGUGAUUCCGUAAAUUUGAGCAACAAUGCGCGCUUAACUUUAAUAGCAUGGUUUGGCCAAUAUAUUAGCUCUCAAGUUCUUUUCUCAAUCGACUUCAGUUAUUGAAACAAGUAUUUCAUAAGACGAAUGAGAAAAUAUAUGUUUUUAAUUUCAAAAUUAAUGUCUGGGUCAACUUUCAUAAUUUCAUAAGGGAUCCUCAUUUUCAUAAGAGAUCUUGAAAGUCUUUUACUGUCUGAGGUUUUCCCCCCCCCAAGACAUUUGCUAGGAAUAACGAUGUUUUUAAUCUAUUUGUGCAACACUAUUUCUAGUGUCUUGCAAAAUUGCACAUACAUAAUAAUCACCACUUUUUCCAAAUGGAGGCCAUGUUUAGGUGCUAAGGAAGCUCACCUUUUACAUAGAAGGCUGAGAAAAUGUCACAGACAGAACAGACAUCAAAAUGUGAUGUAAUUCUAGGGCAAAGGAAAAGGAAUCCAAUUCAUAGUCUAAGCCUUUCAAUGUAUUCUUAGGGGUCAGAUUUUAAUGAAUAUUUUACCCACAAUAACUGCCUAUUUUGUUAUAAUAAAAAAUAUAUAUAUAUAAAUAUAUAUAAGACUUUCUUUAAACUCUGUAACUAUGGGAAUUAUUUUCAUUACAUAGUUGCACACAAACAUAUAUAUAUUUAAAAUAUAUUUUUUCUUUUGCCACCUACUCUUUAACUUUUUGUUUGGUUUUUAAAUUAAAUAUUAAUUGAUCGGACUUUAUCUUCCUUAAUCAUGUGAACUGAAAACAGGGGUAUGGUGGUUAUGAAGAGAAACCUUUAGGGAAAUUAGGUUACAAGUAAAAGUAUAAGCAUGUUCUCCUCUUUUCUACAAAAGUUUUCAAAUGGUUCCUUGUUUGUUUUUUGUUUCUGUCUUUCGUCGCUGUUCUUGCGUUGGGUUUGUUCUGCUGCCUCUCCUUCAGGUUCUCCUCCUUUCAUUAUUAGGAAAAAGGCAAACGCCCCCGUGCGUCUCCCCUCUGUCUGCAGGGCUUUCCUGCUCAGAGCCGCACACAUGCUCAUGGUGAACAAUUGUAAGAAACUUUAGUGAAAGGUAGAUCUGAGUUCAGAAAUCAAUUUUCUGGUCAUUCAUACUAUUGAUAUUGUUUGGCUUCCCAUUGCUUUCAUGGAGUCUUUUACUGAAUGUGUGUGUUUUGAACAACCUCCUUAUUACAGUUUUCUUAAAUGAGUACUAGUUUGUAAAGAAUUAUCAACAUUAUCCAUUCCACUUAUGAGAAAGAGGAGAACAGCUAAUAAACUUUAUUGUGAAACCAUAA